AUGAUUUAUAAUAACAGCUAAGCCUCAUAGAGUCAUUUCGGAUAAAUAGUUGCAUAAACUCCUCUUCAUAGAUAAAAUAGAACUUAAGAUCAAGCAACACUUUCUAAAUAUUAAUCACCAACAUUAAGAUAAGCUGUAUCUCCUAAAGCUGCAAGAGAAUAUCUAAAUAGUUUGAAAAGUUUCAUUUGUCAAUAUGAAGCCAAAUCAACAAUUAAUAGAAUAGCUUCAUAAUCAACAUAUGAAAUAUAGUAAUAAUAACCAUAUUUGUAUUACCCAGUAGCAAAUAGAAAGAAUGACGAUUUCAAAAUGAUGACACCGUCUAAAAUUGAAGUUAGAAAAUUAAAUGAAAAUGGUACAAUACAUUCACUGCGAUAUUAUUAUUUGAAAUAAGCAGCUUUGGGCAGUUCAAUUGAUAUUCCAUAAUCACAAUAAAUAAUGAUUGUAGGAUUAAAACAUAGUGGCAAAAAGAAAUUAUUAUAAGAACUAAUCAAACGAAUUAUGCCUAAAUAAUUUAAAUUAUCCUUGUAAACUGAAUCAGGAGAAAAGACCAUCAACUUACAAUUGAAUGAUGAUAUAAAAUAAACUAUUAAAAGUAUAUUGACAGGACUGAAACAUUAUUAAUUAAUUGUUUAAGGUGAAAAAAACAUAAUAGUUUGCAGGGGAUUAGAUGGAUUCAAGAGAGACAAGAAUGAUAAAGGAAUUCUUAUUGUUUGUGUGAAACCUGGUAAAGAAGAGAAAAUAGAUUGUAUAAAGACAUUGAAAUUCUUAGAAGAAAUUAACAAAAAUUGA